UUACAUUGUACUUUAACAACGUGUUGCUCACAGCGGUGAUAAGAAGAGCCGGUGUGGGUGUGUUAUGAAUAGCUCGUUAGCUUUUGAGUCUGUCCUCGCUUUCUACGAUGUAUUCUGUUUUAAUUGACGCAGUCUUAUCCAGCUCUCCGGACUGUGAGCGCCUGUUGGAGUCUCUGUGCUGGCCCGCUCAGACGUGGCCGGAGACGGAGCGGGUGGAGGCGCUGACGGCUUUCAUCCAGGGACUGGGACCACUUCUGACAGACUCGGACAAAACUCCUUUUACCGCUGCGCAAAGACGACGUAUUCAAGAUAAAAUAGAGUCGGUUAUUUGGACGCAGUGUCUGCCUCUCUUCGCCACAAUAUCGGCAGAACCAGGUGAAGCCGUGCGCUGCAGGGAGAGCACAGCCGCCACCUGCCGCCUCGUGAGCGCCUGUGUCCCGCUGUGUGAUGAGGCUGUGCCGGGGCGCGUGGCUCUGUCCAUCCUGCCGUCACUGCAGCUGUCAGAUGAAGAGUCACUCAGCGUGGAGGUCUCCAGCGAAGUCAUGGCCGCUCUCAUACCUGCUCUGUCGGCAGACGAGCAGCUCACACUCAGGACCAUGUCUUCUGCCUUGUCCUGCAUGAAAACACUCCCUGUUGCUCUGGUCUCCAAAGUCACAGUCAGACUCCUCUUGACUCUUCUCAAGUGCUGCGGUGGUGCCACGUUAGACAGUAUCCUCAGGCUGGUCCUGGACGAUCUGUGCAGCUGGCACUGCGCUCAGCGCACACCUGUGGUCACGGAGAGGGCUCUACUGUGUUUGACAGUCAUCUCUGAUCACCUGCUGACACCUCACAGCCUGUCCUCCUCCUCCAUCACCACCUGUGAGCCCGACCCUCGCCUGUCUCUCCAGUUCUGGAGGAUGGUUCAGGACGGAUUGACGCACAGAGACAGCGUGUCACGUAAGAGGGCGCUCUACCUGCUGAAAAGGUGUGUGGCCCUGUCAGAGGAGGAGCAGGUGGAGUGUCCCCUCUCUCCUUCAGGCGAAGGUGAGACCUUGUUCAAAUGGGCCCCCACCAGGAGCAAGUUGCUCAGAGAGUUCUGGGAGGAUUACGUGCUGGUGAUGGAGACCCUGGAGGAAAACCAGGUUCAUGUUGUCCGGCCGGUUCUUAACAGGAUAGACACCUUGAUCCAAACAACAGUGAAUGAUAGUCAAGCUUCAGGUCAAGGCCUCUUCCACCCGUCCUGGCUGCUGUGUGUAUACCAGCGGAUGUUCCACAGUGAAAAUAAAUCCUUAAUGCGAGAGGGUGUCUGUCAUCUGCUUGAGCUGCAGGUCCUCCAGCAGCCGGACUUCGCUUUGGCUUUUUCUCAGUUUAUUGUUGGUCCUUUCAUGGAUGUGCUGUCUGAAACUUCGCUCUUUUACAGGUCAGCUGAGCAGAGUGUAGGAUAUUCUCCUGAGCUAGGGGCCAAACUCCAAGUCUUCCUGGCCGUUUUCUUCACUAGCCUACCAGCAGAACACAGAGGUUGUGUUUUGCUAGAGCUGAUUCAACAACUGGGCUCUAAGCACUGGUGUGCGGUGCCUCUUCUCUUCCUCUCCCAGGCUCUGUCCAAACUCCCCCCCAGCCCCCUGCUGGGGUUGGAUGGACUUGCGGCUCUAAGGGAGGUGCUGCGCUGCACCAUGAUCACACAUCAGGUGUUGUUAAGAGGCGCUGCCCAGUGCUUCUUACUCAAGAGUGCCCUCUGUCUCACAGAUGUGAGUGCAGUGAGUCUAGAUGAUUUCUUUAGUUUCCUGAUGCAUUUCCAUGCAGAUGAGUCACUGUGUAGAGGGACACAGGUCUGGAAUCAGUUGUGUGUCUGGCUGUCGGACAAUGAAGGCCGUUUCAAGCCCAGGACUGUGGAUGGUGAUCACACCAGUGCUGCCACAAAGAAAGAAACAAUCAAAGGCUAUGUUCAGGACGAGAUACACGCCUUUCUCCGAGUUCCAGCUAGUACAGGCCAGACUGAGAGGUUACCUGACCCCAAAGAGGCUGAGAAGUUGGCCAGGGCAAUUCUGCUGUGUGUGGAUAUGGAGCAGCGUCAACUUGGCACAGCUAUGACUAACAUUCUAGAGCUAUUACUCUCUCCUCUGCUAGACACACUGAGCAGAGUCAGCACAAAUAUUUACCUGCCUCUGCGCAAGAGUGACAAGAGCCUGCAGCUUGUGCUACAACUCUUCCAGCUUGGACAAACACCAGGUUGUCAGAGUAUUGGAGGAGAGCUGGGUGACACUGUGAAUGUUGCAUUGGAGAAACUGAUUUUUAAACUUACAGAUCCAAUCCAGGACUUUAUCUUGAGGCGUCUAUGUGGGGAGCUUCAGGAGUUAUUCGAUGUUGAGCGGGCAGAGUUGUACCUGAGCGUGCUGAGCCAGCUGUUGGCCUCGUACAGUUCUACACCACAUCUCCAUAUUAAAGUUCAGCAGAAUAAUUUCCCUAAACUCAUCAAACACAACCUCACAGUCCUCCAGGAAUCAAGCCAGCAGAUCCCUUCCAUGACACACCAGGUGGCUCGAGCGGUUGCUAUGGCAUCCCUCGCCAAGGUUUGCAGUCUUGUGGAGCAAGAAGUGAUUGCCACAAGAUCAGAGACCACUUUUGCUCUGAAAGCACUGAAUGACUACUUCUACAGCUCAGUGCCGUCUGUCUCACAAAGUCAGUCGUCACUGGGAAACUUCAACAAACGUUUGCUAAAACCACAGACGGGAGACCUUUCAUGUGAUUUAGCAGUGCAGGGCCCACUGGUGAAGGACUGGGGACGUAUUGCUGCCAAUUUUAUGCGCGACCAGUGGAUUUGCCUGAGCUUCCUGAUUAAGACGAUUGGGAUUCCUGAGAUUUCCAGAUCGCCAGAGACUCUGAAAGCUGCUCUGAGCUGCAGUGUGGAGGCUCUGGCACUGCUGCCCAGUGACCUGGUGCUGCCUGUGCUCACCUUUAUGGAGACAUUACUGCCACAAUUGCUAAUUACUGAAGAGGCACUCUGUGUGGAGGCUGUGACACUGAGCUGGGAUCUGGUGCAAACACUGAGCUCCAAUGGCCAAGCCUUCUGGCCGGCCCUGAAAGGCUUCAUCUCUAUGGCCUUCCAUCGUCAUCUACUCCAGCUGUCACACACUCAGGCUGUGACGUUUGUGGCCACCUUGAAACAGAUCGCCGCCGACUUGAUUGAGCUCUCUCAGGCAAAGAGCGGAGUAUUGGGAGUGCUGCUUCAACACUGUUGUCAAACGUGGCUGCCCACAGACCGAAGUGGAGGCGAAAAGGCCGACGGGGCGUUUUCAAGUGUUUUCAGCCACAUCAACAUCCUGACUGAGGCCUGUGUCUAUGGACCCGUUCUCAGAAAGGACCAACGACUCCUCCAGGAUGUACAAACGUACGUGGAGCAACUCGGUGAUGAGUGUACUGUUAAAGUCAUAGUUGCAAGUGAAAACAGAGAUGAGCAGUUUCCCCGCACAUGUGUAUUGGCUUUCCUCAGCCGCCUUGAUUCUUCUAAUUCAGAGCACGAAACACUGAUGGAGGCUGUAGUUAUGGCUUUGUUGAAAAAGGAUAAUGACAUAUCAAAGUCAAAAGUGCGCAAAAAUAUCAACGCCCUGCAACAUCGCAUCACAAACAGAGUUUGGCAAACACUGCUGCUGUUGCUGCCCAAACUCAGAGAGGAGUUUGUCGCCACUUUGCUGAACCACGUGUUUGAAGCUGGAUUCUGCAGUAACCAGGCUUCAGUCAAAUACCUGAUCGAAUGGAUGAUGAUUCUGAUCCUCAUUCGCUAUCCACAACACAUGGACAGCUUCUGGGCCUGCUUCAACAUGGAUCAAGAAAAGACCAAGACCAGCAUCUGUACUUUCCUGUCAGUCCUGGUACAUUUUGAUGUGAUCAUUCCUAAUCUGAACAAUAAGGCAGCACAGUUGCGUAAAGCACUGAACAGCAUCCUGCAGUGGUGUUUCAAUCAUAACUUUAGCGUGCGUCUGUAUGCCUUGCUGGCCCUGAAGAGGGUGUGGAGCCUGGCUGAAGUCCACGCAGAGGAAGGAGCCGAUGGUUGGGGAGGUUUGUCCACUGUGAUCAAAGCCUGUUUGAACCAGGCUGAGGCCAUGCAGAGCACUGGAAAUGCCAACAAAAAUUGGAUAAGAAUCCAGGAGCACUUCUUCUUUGGUGCCUUUCAUCCUAUCAGGGAUUACAGUGUUGAGACCAUAUUCUUUACCUUUCCCAGUCUGUCAGAGUUGACUGAUGAUGAGUGGAUUCCCCCAUGGAAGUUUGAGAAACUGUCAUGUUUCUCUGAAAGUCCAUCUUUCCCUUUGAAAAAUCCUGCACCGGAUCUCAGCCAGCUCCAGCCUGGAGACUGGAUCCAACAAGACAAAGGUCAACAGGAUCAGGAGGAACGCUGGGCUGAGGUGCAGAAGAAGAUCACUCCCUGGAGGUUGGGGAUCCAGGAGCAGGAGCCCGAGCUUCACUUGGUUCCGUCGCAAAGGGCUGCUCGUCUGGGCAAACUGCACGGUGCUCUGCUGGUGGUCGCCUCACUGAUAGAUAAACCCACCAAUUUAGGAGGUCUGUGCAGAACAUGUGAGAUAUUUGGUGCCAGUUCUCUAGUUCUGGAUAGCCUUCGCCACAUCAACGACAAACACUUUCAGUCCCUGAGUGUCUCGUCUGAGCUCUGGCUUCCUCUGUUGGAGGUGAAGCCUGUGGAGCUCACCGACUUCCUGCAGGAGAAGAAGAGUGAAGGCUACUGUAUUGUUGGGGUGGAGCAGACCGCCAACAGUCAGAGUCUCCAGGAUUAUCAGUUUCCUGAAAAGACUCUUUUACUUCUGGGCAAUGAACGGGAAGGUAUUCCCGCCAACUUGCUGCAGAUGUUGGACGUCUGUGUCGAGAUCCCUCAACAAGGAGUGAUCCGCUCCCUCAAUGUGCACGUGAGCGCUGCUCUGCUGAUUUGGGAGUAUACACGGCAACAUCUGGCCUCCGGUUCAGCUAAAGCCGACGCAUAGUGCAGCUAAAUAGGAAGGAAGGAACCAGGUGUACAUACAAUCUGCCCUCCAGAUGUUGACCACUGACCUCUGGUAGCACGAGCCUAAAGCAUCUUUGAAUUUAAAGUGAAAAAGUCAGGAGGCUACAAACAUUUACUAAAUGUUUGUAGCUAAUGGAUUGACAAACCUAUCCUUAAAGAUUUGAAUGUGGUCAACAGAC